UCUCGUUAAUUCACGAUGCCGCAGAGCAUCAUCGCCAUGUUCCCCGCUAUCGUCUCAUCCUCUUCCCUAUUCCCCCUCCUUGGGUUCGUCCUCCUCAUCCUCUGCCAUUCCUCCCUCACCGGCGCCCAAAAUUUGGACCAAAUCUGCGACACGUCCGGUAGCUUUGCCGAUAACAGCACGUAUCAGUCCAACCUCAAACUCUACCUCUCCACCCUCCCCUCUAAAGGUUCAGUUUCCGGCUUCCUGAAGGAGGCAGUGGGAGAAGUCCCUGACAAAGUGUACGGCGUCUCCCUCUGCCGGGGAGAUGCCAACGCCAGCGAGUGCCGCGCCUGCCUCGACAAAGCCAGCCUUGACAUCCAACAGAUAUGCCCCUACAACAAGGGCGCCAUGAUUUACUACGACUACUGCCUCCUCCGCUUCUCCAGCCAGAACUUCCUGAACUCCACCGACAACCAGCAGGUGUCCAAGUACAACUCCAGCAGCGUCACCCAAGUUGCUCGUCUCAGCCAGCUUUUGCAUCUGCUGCUGAGCAGCGCCACCGAUUGGGCGGCGAAUUCCACCAAGAGGUUCGCCACAGGGGAGAUGAGCAACUUCACGUCGGAGUUCCCCACCAUAUAUGUGAUGGUGGAGUGCACUCCGGACCUGUCACCGAGCGACUGCAGCCAGUGCCUGCAGUCGCUGUUCGACCCACUGCCGACGGAUAUGGUGGGAAAGCAAGGAGCGAGGGUGCUCGGAGUGAGGUGCAUCAUUAGGUAUGAGUUGUCCGCCUUCUACCGAAUUCCCUCCAUGGUGAACCUUACGGCUCCGUUGGAGGAUGCGACACAACUCCCGUCCGACGGAAGCGAAGGAAAGAAGAAGAACGCAGCAACGACAGCUUUAGCAAUCGCGAUACCUGCAUUUACAGCUCUACUUAUACUCUCCAUUAUUUACAUUUGCUACUGGAGGACGAGGAAGCGGAUAGUACAAUCAGCUUAUGAAACUGGCCCGGAGCUGAUCACUGGUGUUGAGUCACUGCUGUUUGAUCUAUCUACGCUGCGACUUGCAACAGCCAACUUCUCUGAAGAGAAUAGACUUGGAGAAGGGGGUUUCGGAGCAGUCUACAAGGGACGGCUACCCGAUGGACGAGAAAUAGCAGUCAAGAAACUGUUGUACGCUGGACGAGGACUCGGAGAGCUGCAAAAUGAGCUGCUGUUGGUUGCUAAGCUCCAGCAUCGGAAUCUCGUACGACUUCUGGGAGUUUGCUUCGAGGAAGAGAAGAUGAUUGUGUAUGAAUAUGUGCCCAAUAGAAGCCUGGACAAAUUUCUCUUUGAUCCUAAAAGAAGCGACCAACUACGUUGGGGAGCUCGAUACAGGAUCAUUCGUGGAAUUGCUCAAGGCCUGCGUUACCUGCACGAGGAAUCUCAGCUAAAAAUCAUACAUCGGGACUUAAAAGCCAGUAACAUCUUGUUGGAUGCGGCUAUGAACCCAAAGAUCUCAGAUUUUGGAAUAGCAAAGCUGUUUGAUGCGGACCAAACUCAAGAUACCACGAAGCGAGUCGUGGGAACUUUUGGAUACAUGGCGCCAGAGUACGUGAAGCAUGGCAAGUUCUCGGUCAGGUCGGACGUUUUCAGUUUCGGCAUUUUGGUUUUGGAGAUUUUGACUGGAAUCAAGAACAGCAAUUCCUAUAAUUCUGAAUAUCGCGAAAGCCUUCUGAGCUAUGCAUGGGAGAAAUGGCGAGGUGGAUCAGUCUUGGAGAUGGUCGAUCCAGCCUUGGAUGGUCACUACCAAGGAAGCGACCUGUUAAGAUGCAUGCAGAUCGGGCUGUUAUGUGUGCAGGAAAAUCCAAAUGAUAGACCGACGAUGUCAACGGUAAUUACGAUGCUAAACAGUGGAAUUGCCUUUCUCCAAGCACCUGGGCGACCUGCAUUUUAUGUGGAAAAGGAGGAAAAGGAGGACGUGAAUGUAGAGUUCAGUGCCAACGAUGCCAGAACUGCAAUUGUUGUAUGUGACGGAGAAUGUAAACCACUUCCGGCGUCAUCAACCCAAGUUUCAGUCACAGAACAACAGGCUAGAUAGAAAGAAACUGACAAAAAGCUUCAGCAGCGUAGAGUGUUAGCAGGACGCAAGCAAGCAACCGAGACACUAUUUUACGUUUGAACUUUUGAGUGAUAAUUCAGAUUUGCGUAUGCACUCGAUCGAUAAUUAAUUCUGGGGAGCACAGCAUCAGAGGUAAUGUGUAUCAAUCAUGUGCUUGAAUCAUGAUUUUUUUUCUCUCUCUCUUGGCAUCUUGGAUUUGCUUGUUGACUCCGAAACAAAGAUGCAUACUCAUCUUCUGGACAAUCUCCAUGAUCAUGACUCUUGCCGGAGUCUAGCCAGCUUUAUGUAAUGUCCAGAUCUAAAUCUCAUGAUUACGAUUGACUAAAUCAGCACGCUUAAGCUAUUGGUUUUACCUUUCUAGAUUUGAGAACUUGGUUUUAUUCUCUAGAACCAAGGAUGAACUGUAAAGUCAUAAAAACUAAAGUGAACAUUUUCUUGCAAA